AUUUUUCCGUUACCUCACACGUCGGGCAAUAAAUUUCGCCGUGUUGAACAUUUCAUAAGAGUGAGCCACGAUGAAGCGUGUGUUUUUUUCGUACCAGUUUUUGGCCACUGUGACCUCCUCGUUGGCUGUUUUAUCGUCGGGGAUUCACGAAGCCUGGACUUCGGUCUACAUCCCCGUUUUGCUGAACGGCACCAACACUUUGAAAAUAACAAGUGUGGAAGGGUCCUGGAUUACGAUGUCCAUGAGUUUUGGCGGAUUGAUCGGCUGUGUUGUGUCUUGCCUUCUGAUUAAUAAAAUCGGACGCAAAAAAACGAUACUCCUGACGUUUUGUCCCAAUUUUUUGUCCUCGGUGGUCCUGGCUUUUGCCAAUUCGGUGCCGGUUUUUUGCACAGCUCGGGUUUUAUCGGGUGUUGCUUUCGGGAUUGCAAUCGGGGUUAUUCCCCAUUAUAUCGGCGAAAUCGCAGAUCCGGAAAUUAGGGGUUCGUUGGGCACACUUGUGACUAUUUUUUCGCUGUCUGGUUUCCUCUUUAUAAACAUUGUCGGUUCGUACGUAACGAUACAAACAUCGUCUUGGAUUUCGGCAACAAUUCCAGUUCUAUUCCUACUGACUUUUAUUUGGAUGCCGGAAAGUCCGUACUAUUUGGUAAUGAUUGGAGAGUGCGAUCAGGCUGAACAAACUUUGGCAAAACUUAAGGGAACACGCGAUGUUUUUGACGAGUUCCAAAAUUUGAAAGAGUCACUUGUGACCCAAAUUAUACACAAAACAAACGUUACUGAAAUAUUUAGACAAAAAUCAAACCGGAAGGCCUUACUGAUUAUUUUUAUUUUACUAAAUGGCAAACAAAUGACCGGGAUUAGUCCCCUGGAUGCCUACGCUCAACUAAUUUUCCAAAAAAUCUUCCCUCAGUUAUCACCAUUAUCCAUAAUUUUGGUUUACUACCUGACUAGGUUAUUUCUGGCAAUUGUGAGUUCGUUUCUCUCUCGAAAAAUCGGCCGUCGGCCACUCCUUCUGAUCUCGUUUUUCGGUUGUUCAAUAACUUUGUUUCUCCUAGCUUUUUACCUCCAUCUUCAGUCACUAAACAUGAUCAAAGCGCAAUAUUUCUCAAUUCUGCCGAUUUUAUUUCUGGAAGCUUUCGCAGUCUUUUACAGUUUUUUGACACCUGUGCCUUUAUCAAUUUUGGGUGAACUUUUCCCAAUGAACGUCAAGACUUUUGCGUCAAUUUUCUACGAAGUGUAUCUCUAUCUUGUCACACUUUUUGUCAUCAAACUGUUUCAAGAAGUGUCCGAUCAUUACGGGAUUGAAACACCAUUUUUUAUUUUUGCCACUUUGACUCUGAUUCACACGAUUUUGAUUUAUAAAUUUGUUUUUGAAACCAAGGGAAAGACUUUGUACGAAAUACAAAAGUGUCUUGAAUAAA